GUUUGACCAUUUUAGCCACGUAUAAAGCUUUCUACUUCUCCAUCGAUUCAUUCUUCUUCUCUCUUUCAUACGCAGGAAAGAUCUUUUUCUUCCUUCCCAAUUCAUCUACCAAACUACCCACAGUUUUUAUCUUAAAGAUAAACCUUUUGCAUAUCUAUAUAUCUAUAUAUAUGGACCCUAGCCACCUUCAUCAUAUGAGUGUAAGUGUGGAUUCCGGUGGCCCCAGUGGUGGUGGUGGCGGCGGUGGCGGUGAUAGGUUUCCACAAUGGAGCGUACAAGAAACAAGGGAUUUCUUGAUGAUAAGAGCGGAGCUGGAUCCGACGUUCAUGGAGACAAAACGCAAUAAGCUUCUAUGGGAAGUUAUCUCUACAAAGAUGAAGGAGAGGGGGUAUAAUCGCAGUGCUGAACAGUGCAAAUGUAAAUGGAAGAAUCUUGUUACACGUUAUAAGGGUUUGGAGAUGAUGGAACAAGAAGGUACGAGGCAACAAUUUCCAUUCUAUAAUGAGCUGCAAAUGAUCUUCACAGGUCGAAUGCAAAGGAUGCUAUGGAUGGAAGCAGAAGGCAUGGCUGCAGGUGGAUCAUCAAAGAAGAGAGUGAUGCAUUUGUCUUCAGAUGAUGAGGACGACAAUAACGAUGAGAGUGAUGUGGAGAAGGUGAUCAGUGGUAACAAGAAAAAAAAGAAGAUUUCAAACACCACCACCUCCAAAAGCAAUCCCGAUAGUAUAAUGAUUAAUUUGAAGGAAAUAUUGGAGGACUUGAUGAAGCAACAAAUGCAAAUAGAAAUGCAAUGGAUGAAGACGUAUGAGGCAAAGGAAAAGGAAAGGAGGAUGAAGGAGAUGGAAUGGAGACAAACAAUGGAAGCAUUGGAGAAUGAGAGGAUUAUGUUUGAUCGAAGGUGGCGAGAGAGGGAAGAACAACGAAGGAUCAGAGAGGAAAAUAGAUCAGAGAAACGAGAUGCUCUUAUAACUGCACUUUUAAAUAAGCUUAGACAAGACGAUCUAUAGGAUAAAAUUCCGUUUUGUUAAGAGGGAAAUUGUGGAAGAGCUUGGAUAUAUUCAAAGGUUAGUUUAAUAUAUCGUUUUAGACGGCUAAGAUAUAUGAAGCUCUUAUAAAUAUUUGUUUUUGUUUCAUAUGGAUUUUUGUUCUGUAAUUUACUAGAUGUUUUAUGUUAGAAAAAUUAAUGUUGAUUAAUAACUCACAAAGGCAAAAUCUGCUGAUACUAGAUAC